GGUUUCCGCAGGCUGCGACCAGGCAGAGGGCGGAGCAUCCGGAGGCCCGGGCUGCAGGGGGCGGGUCUGAGCGGCCACCCGGCGGGCACGAGAAAAGAAAGGAGGCGUGCGGAGCGCCUCGGAGUGUCGCUCGGCAAACCCUGCCUCGGUCUGUACGCGACUGGUUCCCCGCGUCGCAGCGUCUGCGUGGGUGUGGGAGACCGGAAGCUGCUGUGGUAGCCUACUGCCAGUCUUAGCCCCUGAGUGUGUUGCAAGCGGUCCAGUCAUCUUUUCAUUGUAUUUUCUGCUGGCCUGGGCACCCCCGUUUCCUCCAUGACCAAGCUUGAAAAGAAGUUGUUUCCUGGACUCUGAGCCAGAGGUGGCUGGAGCUGCUUAGCUCGUACCAUGGACUCUCAGGUCAGCAACGGCUUGGGCCUGGAUGCUGAGCACUUCACAGACCUGCUGGUGUUCGGCUUCCUCCAAAGCUCCAAGUAUAGUUUCCACAGAGAACUGGAGGCCCUGGGCCAGGAGCUGCCCGUGCCGGUGUACCUGGAUGCAGACCUCGAGGACGAGCUGCAAACCGACGGCAGCCGGGCCAGCCGCUCCUACCAUGGAAGAAUACAGCCAGAUUCUGAAAGCCAGGAAGAUAUCAUCCAAAGAAUUGCCCAUCAGCUCGUUCAAGUGGGCGAUGAGUUGGACCACAGCAUCCAACCCACACUGGUGAGACAACUGGCAGCCCAGUUCAUGAACGUCAGCCUGUCGGAGGAAGACAGACGGAACUGCCUGGCCAAAGCCCUCGAUGAGGUGAAGGCGGCCUUCCCUAGAGACAUGGAGAAUGAAAAGGCCAUGUUGAUAAUGACCUUGUUGCUGGCCAAAAGCGUGGCCAGUCAUGAGCCGUCCCUGCUCCGUGAUGUCUUCCAAACGACAGUGAACUUUAUUAACCAGAAUUUACUCACCUAUGUGAGGAACUUACUUAGAAAUGGGUUGGACUGAAGGAGGCCUGGAGGCCUGCAGAAGCAUGACUGGCUGAGACCCAACAUGGCAAGACCAGAGAAGCUGCCUCCAAAGGAACAUGGUCAUGUAAACACAUGCCGGAGUCAAGACAGCUCCCAGAUAAUGGCUGUCUCCCUAUCUUCAGGACAAUAUUUUGAGCUGGUGACUUACUUAAAAUUUCUACCCUGAGCUAGUCUAAUGAAGAUGCCAGCGCGUGUGUAUCUGAAGGGCUUGUGCCAGCUCCUGCAUCCACACCUUGUACCUUUUCUGAUCAGCCAUACGGGUUCCCACUUGGAAAUUAAACAUAAAAGCAGGUUGUAAGGCAGACAAACUUACUUGUAAUGUGAAGUUACUGUUCAUGAGAGGUUAGCUCUGGGACGUUGUCUUCACCAUGCAGAGCUGUUUGAGAGCUGCUAGGAGGGUUGCACUGGCCUGAGAGGGAGAAUUCCACCCAGUGCUCAGAAGGCCGCAGCCUUCCUGUGUAAAAGCGGAAUGGCAAUGAGGUUUGAGACUACGAUCCUGUUCUCAAAACCAUGGGAAGCACUGGCCACCCUCCCCACCCACCCCUACACAAGGGUUUAGCUGUUUCAGGGGACUGUUUGCUGGAGAUUUCCAUCCCGGUGGGAACAAACAGUUGUGCACACAACUCGUCUGCAACGUCAGUCAUUACAACCAGGCCCUUGCUAGGGAACACUUUUACACAAGGAACAACUGUAGUAGCAGCCAACCAGAGUGAAUAGGAGAGAGGCCUAAAACAGCCAGGAACCCAAACAGCUUUGCCACCUCCCAGUGCAUGCAUCUAAGACAGCAGGCCACCGUCUUAGUCAAGUUCACAGAGGUGAUUUCCAGUCACGUCUCAUACACUUCCCUGGUGGUAAAGCAAAAUUGUGUUCUUUCUCCCCGGGCCAACAUUCUAGAAAGAUUCCAUGUAUCAAAGCCAAAUGUCCCUUCUUUGCUUUGUGUUUGAGAGACAAGGCCUCACUAUGUGUCCUCAAAUGCAGGGUGAGUCUCCUGCUAACUCCUAAUGCUGAGAUUGCAGGCAUGAGCCAUCACUACCUGCUGUGAAGUGUUCCAUUGGUUAAUUCAUCCCAGCCAUGACCGUUUGGUGUGUCAUGGAAAUGGGUGAAUUUUUCUUUAAAUAUGAUCCUUGUGUGGGUACAAUUGAGGGAUGAUUUAAUUCAGAGAUAUUUUUCAUUCUGUUCUGAAAAUAUGUGAAUUGGUUUAAGUGAUAGAAAUUUGUUUCUUCAGAAUAAAGGCUUUCUUCUCUAAA